UACUAGCGCCAUCUUUUUUGUAGUAGUAAAAUAAGAUAAUUUACAACCACUAGGUUGUGUUUACGUACGGUUUUUUCGGCAUUUUUGGCUGAUUUUCCCGUAAAUCUAAUCGUUUUUUGUAUGUUGUAGUGACCAAAAGUGUUCCAGAAACUGUUUUAAGUCAGAAAAAUGGGCAACAUUCACACCGUCGGACCCAAUGAGGCUCUCAUCGUAUCAGGUGGUUGUUGUGGAUCGACGAAACGCGUCACGACGGUUGGGGGAUGGGCUUGGGCUUGGUGGUUGGUUACGGACGUCCAAAAACUAUCCCUUGAGGUGAUGACUUUAAAUCCGAUGUGCGAAACCGUCGAAACGGCCCAAGGCGUCCCUUUGACAGUCACCGGGGUCGCCCAGUGCAAAAUAAUGAAGGCUGAUGAGCUGUUGCACACCGCAUCCGAGCAGUUUUUAGGUAAAACUGUCAACGAAAUCAAAUCGACCAUUCUUCAAACGUUAGAAGGACAUCUUCGAGCCAUUUUAGGUACCUUAACCGUGGAGGAAGUUUACCGAGACAGGGACCAAUUUGCAGCUUUAGUCCGUGAAGUAGCAGCUCCGGAUGUCGGCAGAAUGGGAAUCGAAAUCCUCUCCUUUACAAUUAAAGACGUAUACGACGAUGUCCAAUACUUAGCAUCGUUGGGGAAGUCUCAAACAGCUAUGGUUAAAAGGGACGCCGAUGCUGGCGUUGCCGAAGCGAAUAGGGACGCCGGAAUCCGCGAAGCGGAGUGCCAAAAAGCGGCUAUGGACGUUAAAUACUCCACCGACACGAAAAUCGAGGAUAAUUCGAGAAUGUUUAAACUCCAAAAGGCUAAUUUUAAUCAAGAAAUUAACACAGCGAAAGCAGAAGCUCAAUUAGCUUAUGAACUUCAAGCGGCUAAAAUUCGGCAAAAAAUUCGUAACGAAGAGAUUCAAAUCGAUGUUGUUGAAAGAAAAAAACAAAUUGAGGUUGAAACUCAAGAGGUUAUGAGGAAAGAAAGGGAAUUAAACGCGACGGUUCGACUUCCCGCCGAGGCUGAGAGUUAUCGUUUGGAGUUAAUAGCCGAAGGAAAAAGAACUCAGACUGUGCAAUCAGCGAAAGCUGAGGCGGAAAAAAUUCGGUUAAUCGGUGAAGCCGAAGCCACCGCAAUUGGAGCUGUUGGUAAAGCUGACGCCGAGAGGAUGCGUCAAAAAGCUGCCAUUUACAAACAAUACGGUGAUGCGGCGAUUAUGUCGAUUGUUCUGGAGGCGUUGCCGAAAAUUGCGGCGGAAGUGGCGGCCCCGCUUGCAAAAACGGAAGAGAUCGUUUUAAUAGGUGGCUCGGAUACGACCACAUCGGAAAUUUCUAGAUUGGUGGGGCAAAUCCCACCCGCUGUGAAUGCUUUAACGGGGGUUGAUUUAUCAAAGGUUUUGUCGAAAAUUCCUGGAGCACAACAAACAACGGCCGUUAUGUGAAAUUAAAGUUUAAAAUAUAUAUUUCAAAUACUCAGGACUUCGCUGUUCUGUAUGUCUAAUUAUAACGAUGAAAUUAAUUAAGAUUUCAUUAUAAAAAUUAAAAAUCAGUUCGUACAAGUGCCACUGUAGUUGUUUAGAAGGGGGGUGAGAAAUUAAUUAUUUUUGGUUGUUAAUUUUAUGUUAAAUACUUUAAUUUUUAUAUGUAUAUAACAAAUUAUUUUUUCACCCUCCCAUUCGUAUUCAUUGAUAUACUCGAUACACUGAUUAUUAUUAUUUAGUUGUUUUUAAUUGAUUUGGUAGCAAAAAAAUCCUGGUAUUUUUCUACGCAUGUGUCUAAUUAUUAAGUAAUCUGCAGGAGUAUGCUAAAUAAAAGAAAUUAAUUGUACUGUCCCGGUAAUUGUGGAAGAAUAAAAAGGUGUGAAAAGAA